UCCCCCCCUCGCUCUCUUUACCAACACCGAUUUCAAGAGUCGUUUACGACAAAAGGCCGAGUUUAUGUCCAUCGAAAACCUCAAGACCUUCGACCCCUUCGCCGAAGCUGACGAAGACACCGGCGAGACUAAACAGUCUCAGAAUUACAUCCAUAUCCGGAUUCAGCAGCGCAAUGGUCGUAAGACUCUGACCACUGUUCAGGGUCUUCCAAAGAAGUUUGACCAGAAGAAGAUUCUGAAGGUCAUCAAGAAGAAGUUCGCCUGCAAUGGCACCAUUGUUUCCGACACCGAGAUGGGUGAGGUGAUCCAGCUGCAAGGAGAUCAGCGUAAGGAUGUUCAGGAGUUCUUGACCGACAAGAAGGAAGGCCUCGAGCUAGAUGCCAAGACCAUCAAGGUCCACGGUUUCUAAACACAUCGCCAUGCCUUGUUCCGGUCCCUUC